CGAUUUAAACUUCUAAAGUCACAAUCUGUAAUCUAAAGCUGAUUUGCAAACACUUAAAAUUGUGUUUCAUUGAAGUAGAAGCUCAAAAGAUAUUUUCAAACAAACCUCCGAACAUCCUCUAAAGCCCAACAGCCAAAUUAAAUGUUGCAACCAAAUGGGUCUUCCAAAUUCUCAGACCAAAACUUUCUUGUAGCUAUUAAUAGUGAAGCAGCACAAAUCCCAUCAAUGCCCUUUGGACAACCCAGAAUACCCAGCAGCCUUAAUCCUUCACUGCAACCAACCAUUAGGCAAAGCCAAACACUAUUCCUAAACAAGAACAAAAACCACAAACUUAUACUUGAUCAGGAAAUUAAAAACCCAACUUAGAAACCAAAAUCUAAACCUGCAAAUCCAAAAACAUCCAAGCAUUUGCCAAAUAUACAAACCCAAAAACAUACCCCCAUUCUAAGUGAAAGGCCAAUAGACAAACCUGACUGCAGCAACUCCAAAAUUAAAAAAAAGGCAGUUAUCUAGCAUCAAUGGUCAGACCCUGUGUCAAGGAACCAACUUACCCAAAAAUUCAAGCUUGUGGUUGAGGCUCAUAAAAGGUUUUUAUAUACUCUAACACGUCCCCUAACUAUCUGAAUGUUAUAUUUUGUAAGACAAACUCCUAAAAUUUGUUGGUGUAAAAUCUGUUUUUAGAGCUAAAAGUAGUGAUUUCAAUGUGGCAUAUAUAUGCCCUAAAGUCAGAAGAAAUAUUUUGAAAAACAAAUUGUGAAUUGGUCAUAUUUGCUAACAAAAUGACUAAGUCUUAACCUUAACUAUGCAUUGGCUAAAAAAACACUCUAUUGGGCUACUGGCAUAAAAGACCAUGAUUAAUAAAAUGAAGAUGAAGGCUAAAACCAAAGUAAAUCAGCAGUAUCUCAUCUGUAUGUGUACGAAGAGGCGUUCUACCGAUCGAGUCAAAUUUCCUCCUCCUGCAUUUGAGAUUUUGGCUUGAAAUAGAAGAGAUUUGCGCCC